AUGGCUACCACCCCUACUGAUAUGAAGGAGUAUCCGAACUCUUACGCGUUUGUGAUCGACAUGCCUGGGCUGAAAGGUGAGAACAUUAAGGUGCAGGUGGAGGAGGACAGUGUGCUAGUCAUUAGCGACAAGAGGAAGAGGGAGAUGGAGAAAGUAGGGACUAAGUAUUUGAGGAUGGAGAGAAGAGUGGGAAAGUUCAUGCGCAAUUUUAAGUUUCCGGACAAUGCCAAAACUGAUGCCAUAUCUGCCAGGUAUCAGGAUGGUGAGGUGGAGGAGGACAGUGUGCUAGUCAUUAGCGACGAGAGGAAGAGGGAGAUGGAGAAAGUAGGGACUAAGUAUUUGAGGAUGGAGAGAAGAGUGGGAAAGUUCAUGCGCAAGUUUAAGUUUCCGGACAAUGCCAACACUGAUGCCAUAUCUGCCAGGUAUCAGGAUGGUGAGGUGUGUAGGGGAUCAUCAUAUGGACAGCUUGCAUAUGGAUAG